GGAAAAUUGGCCGUAAAAAGAAAAGCAAGAAGAGAAAUAAAACCUGAUCGAAUUCUCCUCCAUUCACUGAAGGGGGACACUGCACCCCUGGUUGCCCGCUGGACCGGUUGUGCAAAAGCAAUCGACGCUUAAAAUCGCGUCACGGGCAGCGGGGAAGUGCAAGGAAGCGUAAAGAGCGGGGAGAAAAAGGACGCCGUCAACGCCGCACGUGCUCGAGGCUCUUUGUACAAGCCGGAGUCGCGUGCCAACCCAAGAGCAGCGGUCACCGACCGUGGCAAGGAAGGGUGGAGUGGGGUUUGGCAACCGAGGCGGGGUGUGUUUACAUCCCUUCGCACGGAACCUUUUCCCUUUUUUUUCCUUCGUUUCAUUCUGGCUUUCGUUUGUGUGCGUGCGAUGAUGGUUUAAAAAGGAGGGGAAGCUCUUGCGCACACAUGCGCACGCGGUAUGUGUUCGCUGCUGUAUGUAUUCGCCUGUCCGCGUCCUUCCGGUACGCGUGAAUCGAAGAGACCGGUUUACACACACACACCAACAGAGAGAGAGAGGAGGGUUUCGUGUGUCCUGACGGUGGACGAGCGUGCUAUGUACAGUGUGCGCGUUGUUUGGGGGGAGAGAAAGCGGCUUACAGAACCCCGAGCGCGGUAUAAAAUGGUCCGGAUCGGUCGGAGGGAGGAUCAUUCAGUGCCUGGCCACGGCCGAGGUCAUACACGCGGAUCGAGCAAAUCAGGCGCAAAUCAGGGCAAAGGCGUUGCGUGUCGUGAAGGAGUGUAUUGCAGUGGCAUCGAAGUAGACUGUUUGUAAAUAGCAUUAGUACCUACUGCACACCAUCAACGUAGUGGCCUUUGACAUUGUGGCGGCGUCAGUCCAGCGUUUCCCGUGCUGUUUGUUUGUUUGUUGCGUGUGAGAGUUUGUGCUCGUGCUUGGCAGUUUUGUGCUCUGUAUGUGCCCGGAGUGUGAUAUGCAAGGAUGGCAGCAAUCGUGCAACCCGUACCAACCCGCCAGCCGUCCCCAGCCGGUCUCCUGACCACGGUCGCCAGUCUGCCGCCCUCGUACAAGCUGCAGUAUGGUGAGGUGGCUGGAAGGCCGGUGCCCGCCACCGGCGACAGUCCGUUGGAUUUGACCGUGCGCCAAGUGACGACGACGACGACGACGGUGGUGGCGGGUCCCAUCACACCCCCCGCCACACCUUCGCCGCUGAAGAAGCGGUACCGCGAGGACAAUCAGUUAAACGUGCCGGCGGUGAAGGAGGAACCACUGGCCAAGCGCGCCAAACCGGCCCCGGAGCCGCUCCAUAUCGACAUCAAGAAGGAGCUGGCCACACCGGCCAAAACGGCCAGCCCGAAGAGCGGCCAGCCCGAUGGGCCACCGAAAAGUACGAAGAAUCCCCCCGCCGCGCUGGCCCCGUCCAAGGAGCGGCGCGCCAAAGCCAUCCGGAAGCUGAAGUUCGACGAGGAAAACUCAUCGCCCGUGUCCGGCACGAUCAUCAUCUCGCUCGAGGAGGCACUGAGCGGCGAUACGCCGCGCGAAUCGGGCGACAUCGAUCCACAGUUCAAUCUGGUCGAGGUGUCGGACGAGGUGCGGGCCGAGCUGGCCGCCAUCCCGAACGUGAUCGGCGGCUACAACUGCAAGCUGUGCCGGCUGGAGUUUGAGGAUGCGUUCGGGCUGGCGCAGCACCGCUGCUCCUGCAUCGUGCUGCUCGAGUACCGGUGUCCCGAGUGUGGCAAGCGGUUCAACUGCCCGGCGAACCUGGCGUCGCAUCGUCGCUGGCACAAACCGCGCGAUCAGGUCGGCAAGAAGGGAGGAGCGACGGCGGCAGCGACCCGUGCGGAACCGAGCAGCGAUUCGACCGACUCGGACAGCGGAGGAGCUCAGGCGGGCAAGUUCCGGUGCGUCCAGUGCGACAAAACGUUCAAACGGCCGGCCUACCUCAAGAAGCAUCAGCUAACGCACAGCAGACAGGCAGCCAGCAAGCAGGGUGGAAAGGGCGCGACCAAGCAGCAGCCCCGACCGGCAAGUCCGAGCCCGUCCACCGCCCAGUAUCGCAGCGAAGACUCGAACCACUCCAACCACUCCAGCCAAUCGGUGGAAAGCGGCACAGCAACGUACACUGCUGACAGCAGGCAGUCGCAAGUGGUGCCACAAGCACCACCACCACUUGCCAUGUUCACCACGCUUGCCUCCGACGAUGGUGUUGGUGGUGGUGAGCAUGAGUUUGAGGUAGUAAACGCGGCCGGAUACUAUCAGGGACCGGCGACGGUGACGUUCGUGCGGGAGCGUGCCCCAUCGGUAGCGUCCUCGUCGGGCCGGGGCAGUGUGGCCCUCGACGACAGUGACUGUGAGGAGGAGCGUACGCUCGUCAUCAACGAGGACUACCGGGAGCACGUGCCGGAGCAGGAGGACGAGGACGAUGAGAUGGAGCGCCAGUACCGGUCGGCCUACUGCGAUCGUUUCACCGAGGAGGAAAAUCUGGCCGCCGCAGCACUGGCCCGACUGCGCAACGGACCGUCCGUCAUUCGCCACACGACGGCACUGGUGGUGUAAAAGUAGUAAGUGAUUAGCUUGUAAGCUUUUUUGAGCGUGUGUGUGUGUGUCUAACUCGAGAUGUAAGUAACCCGUUCGUGACACUUUAACGUUCGCGAACGUAGCAGGAGCCUUAGCUUUUUAUCUUUCUUCACUCUUUACGAGACUUUUGCGAAUUACUGUGCGCUGCACAGGCGGCCACGUGCAGUGUGAUGUUCUACAUGCCCGCCCUACUAUUGCCUUCGAUAGUUUACGCGUGGGCAGCAGCAGCUUCGUCUUGCGCCUUUCUGUAAUUUACUUUAUCGUAUCGAACCCGAUUCUACAGCGCCAUACCAAAGGAUUAGGAUUAGGAAAAGGGGCUGAACUCACGCACCUAGUGAACCCCAUUUCACAACCAGUGUUUAAGUUAGUGCGGCCCGUUGGGCGAGAGAGAGAGAGAGAUAUUUGUAGAUUUUACUCCAAAGAUAACACGAGCAAUGCUAGUCAGUUUAGGAUUAGGAGUUUAGCACGGAAGCAAAGCUUCACCCCUUUUUACACUAGUCGUAGUUUUUAGUGUCUCUUUUACUUUCCUUUUUCCCUUUUUUGCCUGACGGAAGUUUCGGUGGCGAGUUUCGCAUGUUUCCUUUUCUCUUUUUUACAUUUUUCUCGACUAUCUAUUCCUAUGUCCUUAUGUUCUCUACUUUCUUGCUAAGUUUCGAUCUCUCUUUAGUAAAGCUAUUUUUCUAACCCUAUUCUGCUAUUAUAGUAAACGGAGAAAAACAAAAUCAGGAACUUCCGUCCCCUUUUCAGCCAUACUUCUUGUACAUUCGAGGUUUGAAGCUUGCAAAGCUGCAAAACCACCAAACCCAAAGAUGAGUAAGCAUCUAGUCAUUCGUGUAAAGUUAGGUUAGGAUUGUGUUAAUUACACUUUAUUUAUUAUAAAUACUUUGCGUCUAUUCUGUGCUCAUUCAACGUCAGCUCGCUUCAAUGGUGGCGUUACUUGCAAUAGUUGUGUUUUCAAAUUACUAUUUCCAACUACCACUUAUUCAGCCAUUAAGAUCAGCUGUCGGUAAACCAACAAUUUAGUAAUUUCAUUGUUUACAUUCCGGCUCAAUUAAUUUAAUCCAGAAAUCGCUGAAUCGUUGAUAUGAGCAUCGCAGCAAGACCUACAAAGAUUUCAAACGUCCCUUUCUUUUGAGGGCUUUUGUACAAAUACGAUCCAGCUAUGGAGCAGGAUUUUUAAUGCUAGAGAUUUAAAAUUUCUAUCGAUUGCAUAGAAAACGAAAUUUGCAUAUGGUAUACGAUUUCUGUAACUAUAUUUUUUGUUUGUGUUUCAUUUCAAAAGCAAAGGCUUUCGAAUGUUGCCCACCCUGGGGACGGGGCUGGCUGCAUUCGAAACGUGCGCUGCAGGUUCGGGAAGUGGCUUUUGCAAUCGUGCGAAUGAUCUGUGCCGUAUAGAUUAGCUGGCUUGAGGUCCUAGUUCACGCAGUUCACUAGCGUUUUUAGUGGCGCGUGAACGUUGUGGAUUUUAAAGGAUUUUAACUACCAGCAGCACAGCACAACAAUUUCAUUUUACAAUGCGCACAAGUACAUAAUAGAAGGUAAUCGUAAUAGUGUGUCAGGGUUUAGUUGAUAAUAAGCGUUUAGGUUAGUCUGAAAGCUCUAGUCAAGGCUUAAGCAAAUCUAUCUUAUUUUCUAGUCAUUUGUGUACCAAAGAAAAAAACAUCCAAAGAAGGCAUUCAAAUCUAGUUCAGUUCAUCGAACAUUCGCAUCUCACUCUCUCUCUAGUCUGGAAAGGGCCCAUUGCCAAGGGUCAUCUAAUCCCUUAAAAAUAGUGUCAAUGGUUGACUGCUUUAAAACUGGUAUAAUACAUGCCUAGUCAUUCCCUAGUCAUAUUUAUUCUAUUUAUUCUCAAAUCAAUCAGCUUUCGUAAGAUCUCAAACAAUUUACAACCCGUCAGGCUAGUCAUACCGUGUACAUUUUAUCUAGUCCGGAACACCAAACUCUAGUGAACCAAAGAAUAGUGUUAAUGGCCUAAGCUUAGUACCAAAGAUAGUAUUACAUUGCAUUUCAGUGUAGGUUUUUAGGGUUUAAUUUAUUUAUUUAUCGCUAAUUUAUUUCAACACUAAUUUAUCGCUAAUUUAUUUUCCCACUAAUGUAUGAAAAUUAUUUUCGCGGCGUAUUAAUGUACUUAAAUACUUAACUUAACUUAACUUAACUGAAUACUUAAUAUACUUAACAGAAGGCUUAUCAGGUUGUAGAACAUCACGUUGCACAAUAAUGGUACAAUGUUGCCUAACGAGUAACGAUUAACAAUAAGUCAAAGCACAGCAAAAAAACGCAUACACAUCUACAUACAAUCACAUUUUUUUUACAAAAAAAAGAAAGGAGGAUCACACAAGGACUAUAAAAGAUACAAUCGCUUAAUAUAUAUCUUGUUGUAGCAUGUUGUUAGGAGCUUCUAUCAUAUUUACGAAGAAAGAAGGAAAGAAGGGAUUUAGUAAGCAGGAAAAAAAACAGAAAUCGUAUUUAAGGUGUGCGGCACCGAUACACAACUAAAGGAGCGCGCACACAUUGAAGGGUUACUAAACAAAUCAAACAUGUGAUAUUAGGUGAAUAAGAAAAAGAAACUCUACAAACCCCAUUAUAUCAUUAACCACACACACAGCACCGACGUGUUUGGACGUGCUUUAUGCUGUAUUUAUCUUUCUUUUAAAUAAUUUCCCUCCUUUUUCUACGUUUGUUGCAUGUCAUUCGUUAGUUUUUAAGUUGGCUGCCCUUGCGAUAAGGCAGCGCGCAACUAAAGCGCAGUCUUGGUGUUUUUUUUUUGUCUAAGAAGCAUUACAAAUGUAAGAACUUAUUUUCUUAACAGCUCAUUAUUUUAAGUCGGUUUGAAAGUUUUUUAUAAAAAUGUGAAAACAAAGUACAAUAAAGCCAGUGCAAAAAAAUCG